AAUUUUCCGACCACUCUGUACACUCCCACCUUUUCCUCUUCCAGAGCUCGCUCACUUCCUGUAGAGCCUGAAAAUCAAGUGAGGAGAUGAAGGAUUACACCAUACUACAGCAGAGAAUACAGAAAGGAUAAACACUGCAGAUAGAUCUUGACCAUCACCGAAGGAACAACUGCACAAUUGUGGACUCCAACUGUGGUGAGAGCUUCAAUCUUUCAUAUAGCCUCGUGAACCACUGACUCAUUCCUACAGGGGCGAAGCUCCUAAAGUCACCAAACAAGCAAGGUGCAUCUGUAUAGCAGCAUCAUGGAAGGGAAACCAUUGAACAGUGAGUUGUGUGACCAAGACUUCACACAGUCAUUAACACCCAUUGGACAUCAACACAUUCCCACUGGGGAGAAGCCUUUCAAGUGCAAGAUGUGCCACAAAUCAUUCUCUCAGUCACGGACCCUCCUCAAACACCGGUGCAUUCACAAGGGGGAGGAAUCAUUUAUGUGUGAGGUGUGCCAUAAAUCAUUCUCAAGGUCAAUGAAUCUCCACAGACACCAACGCAUUCACACAGGGGAGAAACCAUUCACAUGUGAGGUGUGCGAAAAAUCCUUCUCUGACUCAUCAAACUUCCGUGUGCACCAACGCAUCCACACAGGGGAGAAGCCAUUCACAUGUGAGGUGUGUGACAAAUCAUUUUCACAGUUAUCAAGCCUUCAGGUCCAUCAGGUAAUCCAUACAGGGGAAAAACCCUUCAAAUGUGAGAUUUGUGAUAAAGCUUACACCACAUCGACCAGGCUUUUGAUGCACCAGAGUAUUCACACAGGGGAGAAACCCUUCAGAUGUGAGGUUUGUGAGGUGUCUUUCAUCGAAUCCUCUGAACUGCUGAUACACCAGAGGAUUCACACAGGGGAGAAACCCUUCAAGUGCGAGGUGUGCAAGAAAUCAUUCUCGCAAUCAUCAAGUCUCCACACACACCAACGCAUUCACACAGGAGAGAGACCAUUCACAUGUGAGCUGUGCAACAAAUCCUUCCCCUACUCUUCAAGCCUCCGAGUACAUAUCCGCAGUCAUACAGGUGAAAGACCUUUCAGGUGUGAGAUGUGCGACAAAUCAUUCUCUCACUUAAUGAGUCUCCGUGUACACCAAUGUAUUCAUACAAGAGAGAAGCCCUUCACAGGGGAAGUUUGUGAGAAAGCGUUCACACAGUUACAAAGCAUCCUGCAGCAUCAGACAAUCCACACAGGGGAGUACCAGAGAGAAACUCUUCUGGGGCAAUAUUUGUGGCUGGGCUUCACUGACUCAUCUGAUUUCCUGAACCAAAGAUGGAUUCACACUGAUGCCCAAGCAUUCAGGAGUGCAGACAGCUUCAUGGAAAGAAAAUCUUUCAAGUGUGAGAUAUGUGGUGGAGCCUUCACACAGUCAUCGAUGCUUGUGAAUCACCAAUGUAUUCAUACUGGGCAGAAACCAUUCAAAUGCAAGGUGUGUAACAAAUCAUUCUCGCGGUCAUCAGCCUUCCUCGUGCACCAAUACAUUCACACGGGGGAGAAACCAUUCACAUGCAAGGUAUGUGUCAAAUCAUUUUCAAAUUCAUCCACUCUCCGUUUACACCAACGCAUUCACACUGGAGAGAAACCGUUCACAUGUAGGUUGUGUGUCAAAUCAUUCUUUGACUCAUCCCACCUUCGCAGACACCAACGAAUUCACACAGGUGAGAAACCAUUCAAGUGUGAGGUGUGUGAGAGAUCAUUCUCGUGGUCAGCUGCUCUUCGUAAACACCAACGCAUUCACACUGGAGAGAAACCAUUCACAUGUGAGGUGUGUGACAAAUCAUUCUCAGCUUCAUCGGACCUCUUAGUCCAUCAGAGGAUUCACACAGGGGAGAAACCUUUCAAGUGUGAGGUAUGUGGAAAAGCUUUCUCGGAGUCAUCAAACCUCCAUGUCCACCAACGCAUUCACACAGGAGAGAAACCAUUUAAAUGUGAGGUGUGUGACAAAUCAUUCUCUAGGUCAUCGACCCUCCAAGCACACCGAAGUAUUCACACGGGGGAGAGGCCGUUCACUUGCAAGGUGUGUGAUAAAUCUUUCUCUAGAUCAUCAACCCUCCGUGGACACCGACAGAUUCACACAGGUGAGAAGCGAUUUACCUGUGAAGUAUGUGACAAGUCAUUCUUUCAUUCAUCCCACCUCCUCAGACACCAACGCACUCAUACUGGGGAGAAACCAUUCACGUGCAAGGUGUGUAACAAGUCAUUUUCGAGGUCAUCGACCCUUCUGCUCCAUCAAAGGAUUCACACAGGGGAGAAAGCGUUUAUGUGCAAGAUGUGUGACAAAUCGUUUUCGAAUUCUUCAACCCUCAGCACACACCGAUGUACUCACACAGGAGAAACCAGUCAAGAGGAAGAUUUGUAACACAGUCUUCUCAGCAAC